AUGAUGACGUCUCAAACAAGUCCUCUAUUCUCGUUUCCCUCUCUCCUCUUCCGACAAACCACUAGGCCACGUUACGCAUCAAGGAGAUGCUCAAACGUGCUUCUGGGAUCUGCUCGACACUACAGUGAAGAAAGUAGUUCUCCGCGACUGUCAUACCGUUCAUCGGUACCUCAGAACAUUCAAGAUGUUGAAGGAGCUCCCGAUCUCUCCCACUUAAAUCCACCACCAGACGAAUACUCUCGGUUCAUAUUUCAGGAUAAAUGUCGGUCGACUUUAUAUGCUGGGUCGGGCGGAAGCGGCUGUGUUUCGUUCCUUCGCGAAAAAUAUGUGGAAGAAGGACCGCCGAACGGUGGCGACGGUGGCAGCGGCGGGGGCAUCUACAUUCAAGCUGUUGAGGGCAUCACAAGCCUACACAAACUUGCUCGCCGGGGAGUCAUCAAGGCCGAAAGAGGGAGGAAUGGCCAAGGAAAGAGCAAAGGAGGCAGGCGAGGAGAGGAUGUUCUGCUUCAAGUCCCUGUAGGGACAGUGGUGCGCGAGGUUAGCCGCUACGAUCCGGUCGCCGAGGAAUGGAAGCGUCGAAAGGCGCCUGCUGCCGUGGAAGUGGAUGAGCUGGACGAGAUCGGGCUACCCUCUAUUCGCCAUGACCGCUGGGUGCUUUAUCCGGGGUCGAAAGCGUCCGAUUUCUUGACCACCGUAUUCCCAAGAAAUCCGCCGCGCAAACAGAAUAUCGCUGCCAUGGAGCCCAAGGCGCCCAUACAUCUCGAUCUCUCGAAACCGAUGGACAAGCCAAUCCUGCUCGCUGCAGGAGGUGUCGGUGGAUUGGGUAAUCCACAUUGGGUAUCUCGUUCUAUCGGCCGGCCCAAGUUCGCGUCGAGGGGCGAAGGGGGCAUGCGCUUGGAGCUCGAGUUCGAGUUGAAGCUGCUUGCGGAUGUUGGUCUGGUCGGGAAGCCGAAUGCAGGAAAAAGCACACUUCUCCGGUCAUUGACCAACAGUCGCACGCGGAUAGGGAACUGGGAGUUUACUACUCUCUCCCCCAAUAUUGGGACGGUGGUCAUCGACGACCACAAAGGACGACCUCUGGUGGAGUCCAGAGGCAAGGUUCGCCGGACUAACUUCACCAUAGCAGACAUCCCAGGUCUGAUCGAAGGCGCUCAUCUGGACCGUGGCCUUGGCUUAGGGUUUUUGCGCCACAUAGAGCGCGCCGGUAUCCUGGCUUUUGUGGUGGAUCUGAGUGCUGGGGAUCCUGUGCAGGGCCUUCGGAAUUUGUGGCACGAACUUGGUGAAUACGAAAGGGUCCGAAACAUUGAGCUUGCCUCUGAAGGAGAGGAAGAUCCUUUUUCUUGGAAAUUAGGCGAGGGCUUACCUGAGCUGAGAGCACAAAACGGAUUGGAAGACUCUGAUUCACCAUUCGGUACUCCUACGGAGUUCCCUUCCAGUUCAAAGGAACUCCCAUCGCUCGAACUGCCUCCUAUCCAUACGAAACCGUGGUUUGUUGUGGCCACCAAGGCUGAUCUGCCUGAAACUCAGGAAAGAUUCAAGAUUCUGCGGGACUAUCUCACUGCCGUCCAGAAGGGCGAAGCUGAGCAUCCCGGUGGACAUUCUGAUGGCUGGAGGGCGAAAGUCUGCGCUGUUCCGGUGAGCGCCAUCAAAGGUGAGGGUGUUGGUCGUAUUCCUCAGCUCGUGAUGGAACUAUUGGACUGA